AUGCCUACUAAGUGUCAAGAUCGGGUAGGGGAACAGAUGUUACACAAGGUUGAAGCGACUUCGUUUGCUGCAAUGGGCGGUCGUGGUGGUGGUUGCGGAAUCGGCGGUGCCAGCGGAGGCGUCGUUUCGCAUGUCGGCUUUCCAGUCACGCCCACGUUAGCUCUAUCGGCGGUCGUUUCUUCGAUGCCUAUUGCAGUCAUAGGUGGAUCUAAAAUUCGACGAAACGAUAAGAAUACACCGGACAAGACAUCGAGCGAUGACAGCGAGUCCAAUUCACUUGGAGAACGAGCACCAUCGAAACUAACGCUUGAUGACGAGUUAUUCGACAUACUCUAUGCGUUCGGAACACGUCAGGGAGAACUAGAAGACUCAAGGCGAAGACAGAUAUUUCUAAAGAUGUGUGCUGAGGAACAUUUUGAGGAGAAUGGUGCUGCUGAGAUGUUUUUGACGUAA